UCAAAUGGAUGCAGAUGUGUGAGAGAGAGAGAGGGAGAGAGAGAGAGAGAGAAAGAGCGAUGAAUUGACGUCAACCUACGCGACAUGUUCAUAUGCGACGAUCGGUUGAAUAGUAUCAGGGAAAUGAUUUGGACUCCCAUCUCCAUCUAUAAAAGCCUCACCCCCACUGCAUUUCAUUUUCAUGCAUGCAUGUUCUCUCUGUAACUCUCUCUCUCUCUCUCUCUCUCUCUCUCUCUCUCUCUCUCUCUCUCUCUCUGUGCACAAGAACAGACUUCUGUCGAUAACCCUAGAAGAAAGAAUCCAAGCAACGCGCACGCUUGCAGCGGAAAACGAUGGACUCUCCCUUGUUCUGCGUCGCCCUGCUACUUCUCGCCGCCGCAUCCGCCGUCGACUGCUGCCCUCCGUCCGACCGGGCGGCCCUCCUGGCCUUUAGAGCCAGCCUCCACGAGCCCUACCUAGGCAUCUUCAACUCCUGGACCGGCACCGACUGCUGCUGGAACUGGUACGGCGUCAGCUGCGAUGCCGAGACCCGCCGCGUUGCCGACAUCAACCUCCGCGGCGAGUCAGAGGACCCGAUCUUCGAGCGGGCGAAGCGGACCGGUUACAUGACGGGCACCAUCUCCCCGGCUAUAUGCAGGCUCAAGGGCCUCGCCAGUCUGACGCUUGCCGACUGGAAGGGCAUCACCGGCGAGAUCCCGAGCUGCAUCACCACGAUCCCGUUCCUCCGGGUCUUUGACCUGAUAGGGAACCGCCUCUCCGGCGAGAUCCCCGCGAACAUUGGGAAGCUCCACCGCCUAACGGUGCUCAAUGUUGCGGACAACAUGAUCACCGGCGAGAUCCCCCGGUCAUUGACCAAUCUCUCGAGCUUGAUGCACUUGGACAUGAGGAACAACCGGAUCUCGGGUCCACUGCCCCGAGAUUUCGGGAAGCUGAGGAUGUUGAGCCGGGCUCUGCUAAGCGGGAACCGGAUCACGGGGACCAUACCCGACUCGGUUUCGGACAUAUACCGAUUGGCGGACUUCGACCUUUCUUUCAACCAGCUAUCAGGUCCGAUCCCGCUUUCUCUCGGCAAGAUGGCGGUCCUCGCCACGCUGAACCUCGACUCGAACAAGAUCUCCGGCCCCAUCCCCCGAACUCUGAUCAACUCCGCGGUGAGCACCUUGAACCUCAGCAGGAACGCUCUCCAAGGCACGAUCCCGGACGUCUUCGGGCCGAGGUCCUACUUCACCGCGCUCGACCUCUCGUACAACGGCCUCCGCGGCCCGAUCCCGAGGUCCAUAUCGUCCGCGUCCUUCAUCGGGCACAUGGACCUUAGCCACAACCACCUCUGCGGGCGGAUCCCGGGGGGUGCACCGUUCGACCACCUCGAGGCGUCGUCCUUCGCGUACAACGACUGCCUCUGCGGGAAGCCCCUCCGAGCAUGUUAAACCGGGCCGAGGUCCCGGAGUUCCGGAUCUAUGCUUGACCCGAAGUAUGUAUGUACGCACUUGCUCGUGAUAGCGGAUGAAUUGUGCUAUGGUUUAUCUAGGUAAUAUGUUGUGUUAGAUUUACGUUGAAAUGAUAAUGUUACGGCGCGGGAUGUGAUCUUGAUGGAUCAGUCGUGAAAUCUUUUGCAUGGAACGGAGUGGGGGUUCGCACGCCAAGAAAAAGGCUGAAACUAGUAAUGAGGGAGCUAAUAAUUUGGAUGACAAGCCAUGUGGACUUUGCAGAUGACGUUCGUCCGUAUCGAUGGGACCAAAAAACGAAGUGAUUGUGCAGUUUUCUUA